CUUUAGGCCAUUUUCUGUAGUGAUCAGAAGGUGUUUUCAAAGAUCAGAUUGGUUUGUUGAUGUCAUCUUUUUAUAUAGUUUGCAUGGUGUCGCAAAUAAUAACAUAGUCUCUGCCAUUGUUCACUCUAGAUGGUGUAUAAUAUUUUAAAACAUGGCUGCAUGGGCAUCUAAAGACAGCUAAAUGAAUUUUGUGAAGAAACUGUAACCACAAACCAAGGAGGAUAGACAAAGGCAAUAAGAAGCUGUAUAAUGGACAGCCCGACGACAAGCCAAGCUUCAGAAACACUGAAGAAGUUCCUUUUAACAGACAGAAAUGGAAAAAGAAUAUUGAAUAUACCAGAAGGAUUUUACAAGGGAUGGAUUCCAAAAGCUUUGUAUACUUACCAAGUGGAUGAACUUUAUGUCCCUUUUCUCAAACUGUUCUCGUUUCCUGUAGCUGGCACAGCUCUUGGUAGUCUUAAAGACAUGCUAAUAUUUCAUGCAAUUGGCAAUUACCUUUAUAAACUACCUAAAUCCUUUGAUCAAUGUUCACUCAUUACCGACUUAAAUCUAGGCUUCAAUCAUUUCUCGGAAAUUCCUACCGCAGUUUACAACCUCACCACAUUAAUAGAGUUAAGUUUUGCAGAAAAUUAUAUAGAGUCUAUAGCACCAGAAAUAGGAAAACUGACCAAUCUUCGUGUAUUAAAUUUAUCUGGCAACUGUUUAUCAGAAGUCCCAGAUGAGUUAUCCCGUCUGAAAAAAUUACAGAUUUUGAAUUUGGCAGGUAAAUGGUACCCGAGAGGAGGAUUGGAACUGGUUCCAUUACCUGUUUGUAGUUUACCAGAGUUACAGGAACUGGAUCUGAGCUGGCAGAAAAUCCACACGAUUCCAGAUCAAUUUGGUAAUCUCCGUAAAUUGAGAAUCUUCAACCUACGUGGUAAUUUUUUGAUGUACGUAUCAAUGAAAAUCCACAAUUGUGAAAAGUUAGUUAAUUUGAACUUAACAGGGGCAUUAAGAUACUGUUCUGUUAUUCCUGAAGCCCUUUUUACCUUAGAAGAACUCAGAACCAUCAAUUUAAGUGGGAAUUUCUUCACAGAAAUACCUUCCAAAGUAUGUGAGUUGAGAAAGUUAAGGGUAUUAAUCAUGCAGAGAAAUGCUCUUUUGCGACUUCCAGUAGAAUUAUUUAGUUUACGUCAUCUGGAGGUUCUAGAGUUUGGUGAAAAUUAUAUAGAAAAAUUACCCGAUGGGAUUUCAAAUUUGAAACAACUCAAGUUUCUAGGCAUGGAACGCAACUGUCUGCAUGAUAUACCAGAUGAAAUUUGUCGGUGCCAAUCCCUGAUAACACUCCAUCUUGGUAGUAAUAAAUUGGACAAAGUCCCUGAACUCAUUUAUCAGUUGAAGAACCUUAGCGAUCUCAGUUUGAAUGACAACAAUCUUACAGAGUUACCCCUCUUGCUUGAUCGUCUAGAAAAAUUAAAAUUGAGCGAAUGUUUGCAUUUGUGGAACAACAAAUUAAAACGACCACCUCAAGCAAUCUGUGAUCAGGGAGUCCACGCCUUGUUUCCAUUUCUCCAAGAGUUACGCAUCAGCGAAGCCAAGCAUCGCAAAAAGAUGAUUCUUAUUGGAGCUGUUAAAGCUGGUAAAACAAGUCUACGACAUGCUCUUACUCUAGGCCACUCCCAUCUUACUGCUGAACAUGAGAGAACAUGGGUAUUAGAGCGUCAUUUGUGGGAACCUCGCUCUGAAUUACGUGUUCAAAUUUUGGAUUUUGGUGGCCAUCACAUUUACUCAGCAGCUCACCAUAUGUUCUUGACGCCAGAAGCAUUACACCUUUUAGUCUUUGAUUUGUCGAAAUACACAUCCGAAGAAUACGACGAAUUAAUUGGUAACUGGUUGGAAGCCAUCAUGGAUCGAGCACCAGGAGCAAGGAUUAAAAUAGUUGGCACUCAUGCUGAUUUAUGCAAUUCUCAAGAUAUCAGUGAAAAAGUAGAAGACAUCUUGCGCAAAAUUCACAAGAAUGAGAAGACAAACUUGGAUGAUUUGAAAAAUGAGAUUGCACGGAUACAAAAAAUAUUGGACAUGCCAGAAGCUAGAUUAAACCGUGGAGAAUUCACUGAAAUUGGACUUGAAAGAUUAAAAGAAAAGAGGAAUCACAUGGAGAAGAUUCUGAGCAGUCGCUCGGCUUUACCUCACAGUAUUCAAAUAGUCAGCUGCGCCAAAGAUUUAGAAGGAUUGGAUGAGUUUAGGGCAGGACUGAUUAAUGAUUUGACAGAAACCGAAGAGAUGGCGCUACCCAAAUCCUGGUAUAGAUUUUUACAAGAGAUACAAGCUCACCAAGAGAGAAUCCUGCCUUGGAAUGAAGCUCUUCAUAUUUUCAUUAGAGUUAUGGGUUCCUUUAACCAAUCAAUGAUAGCAAUGGGUGGUUCUCCAGAUCUUAGUAUGAUUAUGGUAUUGAUGUACUUACACAGAAUGGGAGAGAUUGUCUGGUAUGAUAAAAAUCCCAAGCUUCGCUCCAUCAUUUUUCACCGACCAGAAACUUUGGUAGAAAUGCUCCGAGCUGUUUUCAGACAUAACUUUAAAGAGAUAGUAGUCUUUGAAGAUAUUCAUGGUAACAGUGCUGGUUUGACCAGAAAUAGAUUUGAUUCCCUGAAAGAAGACUUUCUAGAAGAAGGACUGAUGUCAUAUGAACUUCUUCAUUACUGUUUGUUACAUUUUGAUCUUUCAUCCGAUGAUUUGGAUACCUUUAUCUCAUUAAUGUUGAAGUUUGAUCUGUGCUUUGAGGUUACCAAAUCAGCAUUAUCACCAAAUCGCCUAGCAUCAGUAUGCAUUUUGCAGUUUCCUUGGUUUUUCAAACCAGAAAUGCCAGACAGUGUCCAAAAUGCGUGGCCGGAGCGUACACCACAAAAUCAAUUUGAACUUUGUUAUCAUUUACAUUUUACGAAUAAGAGACCACCACAUUUCUUUGCUAAAUUUUCUGUUCGACUUCAUAAUUAUUUCACGGACAGAAUCAACUGGAAGUAUGGAGUUCUAGGUCGUAAAAAUCUAUCUAAAGUGCUAGUCAAGAGAAAAACAGUGGACGGUUCCACGUUUGUUUCUGUGUCAGUGCGUGGAUCAGACUUACAAGAAAUGUGGGGACUUAUUCUGAAAACCAAAUCGGAUUUGUUAAACUUGUUACAAGAAUGGCCAUUUAUUAGGUUUGAAUUAAGUCUAGUAUGUAGCCAUUGUAUUUUGCAUAAUAUAGAAGAUCCUUUCCGAUUCCCGGGUGAAGUGCUCCAGUUAACAGUUCCUAAAAACGUCUACGUUGCAAACUGGUGUAAGAAAGCUCAAAACAAAGAUAUCCCAGCAUGCUUUGUUUAUCCUCUAGACCAAGAAGAUCAAGUUGAUUUACAGAAACAUAUGAAAGCUGCUACUGAGUUUUUGAUGUCAAGUUUAACUCUUGAUGAUGUAGAUGGAAUGAGUUGUAAAUCAGUUUUGUUAUCUGAAGCAGGAUUGGCUUUUAUAGCCUCAGAUCUUGGUUUUAAUUGGUCAUUGGUGAUGGGUCAACUUGGUAUUGCACAGAGCCAUAUAGAAGUCAUUCAGCUAGAUAAUCCUAAUCAAACAUACAAACAGAUCUUAAACUGUUUACGUAAAUGGAAGGAUAGCUCCAAUAACUCGGAUGAUGACAAAAUUGAGGAACUUUUAAGAGUAUUGGGAAGUGAUGAAAUUGGGCGUAUGGACAUAGUGGAAAAAAUAAGAGACAAGUUUCAGUUGUGAUAACUUUAGGUAUGGUAGUUAAUACAUUAGUUUAUUGUGGUGUGAAUAAUUCAGAGAACUGGAAUACUAGGAGAAGAAACUGUGGAUGCCUAAUUUCAGACUUUCAGGAGAACUCUUCAAGAGUAAAUGAGAUUUCAACAGCAUGUGUGUUAGAGACAGAAGUAUACCAUUUUGGUGUAUGAUUUUAAAUUAACCUGUAUAUUUAAUGUAUACAGAGUGAUCAAGUUUCAACUUGUGUGUUUAUGUAUAUUUAAUGUAUACAGAGUGAUCAAGUUUCAACUUGUGUGUUUAUGUAUAUUUAAUGUAUACAGAGUGAUCAAGUUUUAACUUGUGUGUUUAUGUAUAUUUAAUGAGAAUUUUAAUGUACGUAUCAAUAGAAAUAGUUAGAUGUACUUCUCGGCUAGAGUUCCAGUAUAUUGUCAGACAAGUUCCAAUUAUAUACCAAUCCAUUGUUUAAGUUUACUGCUGAUAACUGGUUCAUGUGGUCUUAACGGAAUGCCUUGUGAAUGUCUAGCUUGGGCUAGGGGUUAGAUGUAAAAUUAUUGAAAUUUCCAAUAGUUUUAAUUUUCCUAUGCAAAUGACCUCUGCAACUAGCUUGACAAUAAACUCUCCCAAUUUCCCUACUGAAUGAGAAGUAGUAUUGGACAAUAUAUUCAAAAACAGGAAGCAUACCCUGCCUUGUGCAAGAAACCAGUCAGUAUUUAUUGUAUAUCCUACUACGAGUAUAGAGUUUACUGGACUGACACUCAGUUGAGCUACAACCCUGCUUUCUUUUGUUUACAUCUUGAAUUGUUUCUUGAAAUAUGAAUCAGGAUUAAGGUAUCUCAGAUUAAGUAUAGAAACUGGUGGUAUUGCUGCCACAAUAUUCUAUAACUGAUUGAGGUAUCAACACCACACAUCUUAUGAGAGAUUGAGAUAUUGUUAUAGCCCUUGUAGUCACCUAGAAGAGUUGAUUGUAAUGAUAUACAUGUUACAGCUGUCUCUAAAAGUUACGAAGGGGUAUUAAAAUGGGCUAAGUCCUUCAAUUCCAGUUUUGUUUCCCAUAAACCUGUAAAAUAUAUUUUUUUUAUAAAACUUUGAACACGCAUCAACCUUUUGUUUAUUAGAAAGAUCACAGAUUUAAUCAUUUUUUAUGUUUCUAUAGAAACAAAUUUGACUUAAUUUGUUAUUAUUGUUGUCUCAUGUUACAUGUAGACACCAUAAUGUAACUUUUAUACCAUAAUCUGUUGAAUGGAUAUAAUGUACUAUAGUACAAGCUAAAUAAAUAUCAGCCACGGUUUUCACAGAGUAAAAAUAUAGAUAUUAAUCCAAUUAACCUUCUAAUCUGAAAUUUUAAAUUCAAAAUCAAAAUUAUUUAACAGGGUUAGACAUCUGUGAUAUUAUAUUUGCUGUAAUUGUAAUUAUUGACCUUAUAACAGUGACUAUCACUUUAACAUCAGCUUAUAGAAAUAGUUAGCAGGAUCUACAGAUGAUAAUUAAAUCCUUGUAUUUCUUUAUAUAAUUAUCUUGAGUAUAGGAUAAUGGUUUCAGGCAGAUAUAAGCAGUUUUAUUAGGUAAAACAUAUCAGGGUUCAUAUUCAGUUAACUACUUAAAGAUAUGGAUAGUCAGUCAAAUGCAAAAAAUUCUAAGUUAAGAUUAUUCACCUGGGGGUCAUUUUUUUAUGAACUGAAUUCAGGCCUUGGGACAGCUUCUUUAAAAUGCCGAAAAAGAUAGAUUUUAAAAUUCUAGUUUUACUAAUAACAUAUUGAAGAUUAUAAGUGUCCAAUUUCCCAGGUAACAUAUUGUACUUAUGGUGGCUAUUUACUGCCAUAUUCUUACACCCAUUCCCACUAAUAAUCAUAUUUUUUUCUACAUAAUUGUCCUUCUUUGUAAAUUUUACCAUCCAUGGAAAAGAUCAAUGGUUAAUUGAAAAAAAUAGUAGGCUGAGAUUAGUAAGAUGUUGAUGAUUGGGUGAAAUUCUUGUUUCUAUAAUUUUUUGUUUGAUAGUAUAGACACUAUAAUCAUACAACAGUAUUUUUACUGUUGGUUAUGGUUAUGUAUUAUAGAUAUUCAAAAUAAUGUUGUAAUCUUUUUACAAGUUUUAUAUUGGUUGUCACUUUCCAUGUGUAGAAAUAAGUAAACAACACAAUUAUGUUUCUGAAAAGAGUUUAAAGUUUUCACUCAGAUUUCUUUUUUUUAACACUUACCUAUAGUUAACAUUUUGUCAGGAUAUUUUUUACAUUUUAUUUUAAGUUAAUAAUCCAUGAGUGUCAAACUUUUUAUUCAAGAACUUUUUGACAUUUCUUAGUAUUUAUGUAAGAUAAUGAAAUAUUCCUUUGAUAAUAUAGCCUUGAUCACUCCAGUACAGAUUGCCUAAUGCGCAACAACAAUGUUAAUUUUCUGUACAACGUCAAAGGUCUUGUCAAGUCAAGUGGCGUGAUUUCGAUUCCCAGUUUGUACAUCACAAGGACUUAGGGUUUACUUCCAACCUCGUGGUUUUUCUCGGGUUCCUCCAGUUUCCUCCCACUGCUAAAGACCCCUCUGCACAAGUGAAUUAUUGAAAUAAAAUUGAACCACAUGUUAGGCCUGACACAUGUCCAGUGGACGUUAAACUCCAUUUCUCUCUCUCUUUAAUAUAAGUAUGACCCUUGACCUUGACCUAUGUUUAAAAGUAUCCAGAAUGCAUUGUUAGCUAGUAGAUUGAGACAUCAAUUCCUAUCCUAUAUAUCAUUGUAUGAACUAUAUAUAUAUACAACCUGUUACUAUAUCCACUAUUGAGUAUAUUUCCUUCAGACCAAUAUCAAUAUCCAUUGCUUGAGACAGUGUGGGCAGGACUGAUUAAGGCUAGUGUUGGUCAAGAUUCUAUACAAAUAAUCAUUGACAUGAAAUUUGUUAACAUCAAAACAAUGUCUUAUGUGAUGCUUGAGAAAAUCUCAUCUUAUCUACAUAAUAUAUUUAUAGUCUAUUAUUUUAUUUUUAUUGUUCAUUAAAAACAUGAUAAUAAGAGUUUUUAAACUAUUAUUAUUUUCUUCAUCUGUUAAACCAAUUUAAAUUGAGUUUAAAGGAGCUAAAUCGCUAAUAUUUUGGGACCUACAAAUUGACACAAAUGGGUCGCUAUGUAUAUAAUAAUGUAAUAUGAAUGUAAAUAAACUGAUUUACAUUCAAUCGUUCCCGUUUUUACUCUAAUUUCAAAGCAGUUAUGUUCGGCGAAAUACGCCAGAGGUUUCAAUCCAAUGGCAAUCUCUAGUGUCUGGUUAUUCUAGUCUACACCGAUAGUAUUUAUUGCGCAUGUUCUCCAGAUACGAAUAUGGGGGUCACCGUUUGACAUGACUUGUAGAACAUGUUUAACCUCGUUCUUCGAGUCGCUUGCUACAAAUUGCUCUGAAACGCAUUAUGGUACACGAUUCGUGUACCAAUCGUAAUAUGUUUUUUUUGUCUUAAAUAUUAGAUAUCAGAAGCCCAUCUUUUUCCGGUAAGAUCACAACACCAAUGUUGAUUAAAAUUGACAAAUAAUUCGUGUUUUCAUUGUCGAAGGUUUUGGAUGAUAUUGAGUUAGAGACUUAGCUACUUUAAUAUAUGAAGAAUGAUAAUAUUUUUUAUUCUAUAAUUGUCUUUCUCUCAUUAAUUAGAAACAGGAUAAUAUUACUCAAAGUUAUACAGUGUAAACAUUGAACAUAAAUAGAGAUUAUAGAGAUGUUUUAACAAAUGUACUCAUCCUAAACCCUCCCUACCUCUCUUUACCUCUAUUAGUAUAUAAACAUUAGUUUUAUUUAUUUGUGUCUAUUAUGUUUAUAAUAUAAAUGUUUUAAAACCAAUAAUUUGAAGAAGUGUGGACACUGGAAUAAUUUGGAAGUUAAAAAACUAGGAAAGUGGACAAAAUAAAGUAAGAGUGGGUGAAAUAUUAUUAAAUUUUAGAUAUUUAAUUUGAAAUUAAAUGAUUUUGUUAUUAUAAACAAUAAAAUUGUUUCUGAGAAUAAUGGUCAGAAUGUGUAUUAUCAAUUUCUAAAAUAUUACUGGCUGUUAAUUAGUGUCCAUUGUGAACAUAUAGAGCAAUUGAGCAAACAGAAUUUUGGUGAAGAAAACGUUUGAAAGGGUUGAACAGCCUUUUUAAAUGUGUGUGUGUGUAAAGUUAUGAGGGGUGGGUGUGCUGUGAUGUUAGGUACAGAUGUAUUCCAGGAAUAAAUCCAGAUCCUUUCACAAAUACUUGAACUUAGGUUAUAGAGUAUAUAUGUGGCUGAGAUAUCAGUUAGUUCACUGAAUGAACAUCUUGCUUUUUAACCAAGUUAAUAUGACAACUUUAACCCUGGAGUUUGAAAAGUUACAUUUUAUUAUACAUGUAUACCCACUCUUUAAUGCAAUUUAUAAAUCAUGUUUGUUAUGUUUUAUUGUAAUGUAGACAUUGAGUGCAGCAGUUAACAUAAAAAUAUUGGUUUAUGGAUGCAAGGAGUCACUGAAUAGAGUUCAAUUGAACCCUGCAUUUGAAAGAUAUUGAUUGACAGGCAAAGGCCUGGACCACAAACAUGAGAAAUAAAAACGAUGAAGGUUACAAGUAUUUGUUUUGUUUUAAAAUAAAAUUGUGUAUACAUGACUGAAUUAUGUAGAUAUUUUAAUUCUUAUAAAGAUAAAAUAUUAAAUCUAUAACUAAUGUUGACUAUAAGGUUUCUAUCAAUUGUAGAAGUCUAAAUGAACUCAUUGUUGUCUUGUGUUUUGUAUCUGAAUGCAAUAAAAAAUUAACAAUA